AUGGGUGUGGUGACCGUGAUGAGACGCGUGACCGAGACCGAGGAGAUGAUGCUUGUGCUUCUUGUGACCGUGACCGUGACCGCGGGAAGAAUUGGAGGAACUGCUGCUGGAGGAGGAAUCGUCGUCCUUAUAUGCCUUUUCUUUAACGUAAACCUGGAGGGCCUGAGGGUGGUCGCUGUGGUGAUGGUGGUGCUCUUCGAUAUGGGUAUGCGAACGGUGGGGAACUAGUUCGUGAUGGCGAUGGCUCUCGCGGACGGUUUCAGUAACCAGGUGUUCGUCUUCCUCGUCUUCGUGGGCUAAAUGUACGUGAUGUCCUUGAAGGUGCUGUGGGUGCUGUUGGUGCUGACGCUGGUGCUGUUGAUGCUCAAUCUGGUAUCGUUCCUCGUGAUGAUGGUGACCUUCCCGCUCGUGUCCGUGAGAAGAGAAGUGAGAAGGCUCAGCGUGGUGGUGCUCGGUGUGUAUCUCUUCUUCUACAACAGUCUCUUUUGUUACCCCUGGUGAUGCGUAGGACGAAGGGAAGACACUGAAGGGGAUCGGGACUCGAGCGUCAAAGUCCAGAUUGUCAAGCUGAGUGAUUCUCCGAAAGUUUUCUCGUCGUCCUUACACUGAGUGAAUGGGCGACAAGAAAGGAGAAUCCUUCUUGCUUAUUUUGGGUAUAUAGGAAAAAGGGGGGGGGGGUGAGAGAAAGCGUUGGCUGAACACGUCUUUGCAGAUUACCACAAGAGGGAUUGAGAGGCUAGAGCGCGCUGUGGAGGUGCUUUGCGGGAUGAGGGAGGAAGGAAGGAAGAAGGGAAGCUUCGGUGAUGAGUGA